GGGCAAAAGGAGAAACGCAGUAACAACUAACAAACGCACACUUAAACGAGGGAAACUACAAUUAAAAAUUAAAAACAGAAAAAAGGUCGGAAAAUCCCUAAAACCCAAAAGCAGCUAAAAUUCACUCUUUUCACAGGCGAGCUCUGAAGUCUGAACCCUGAAGAGCUGACAUACAAUUUUCCCCAAAUUCCUCCAUUGCAGUUUACACAAUAUUCCUUAUCGCACAUACGCCUCUGUGUACCUCAAUCCCGUCUCUGCAGAGCAAGAUGGGCACAGAGGUUGGGCAUGCUUCUGCAGAUAUUCAGACGACUAUAACAGUUCCUCCACCCACUGCAUCCACAAGCGGCCCAAAGACGUCUAUGUUUGCAAAAAGAUCUGGAUUUGUUAUUCCAAAAAACAAGCUGUCAGGUUCAUUGGUUCCUGUAUUUAGAGGCUCUAAAAAGAGAGAUGCUGAUUCGAUCAGUGAGGAAGUUACUAAGCAGGUGCAGAGGAAAACCAAAUGGGGACUUGAUCUAACUAUGGAUACCACUGUUCGGAAAGGAAGAGCCUUGGCAUAUCAGACUCGGAUUGAUCAAAUAUCUCAAAUAAUGACUUUUGGGGUGCUGGAACUUGAGGAUAGUGAAGAUUUAUUUGCUACAUCAGAAUCUCACCAUUGGAAGGCAUCAGAUCAUCAGCUUAGCCGUGAGGAAUUGGAACAGCUGGAACUUGAAAAGCGUGAAAUUAUAGGUGAAAUACUAAAAUUAAAUCCAGCAUUCAAGCCUCCUACUGAUUACAAACCUCUGCUGAGAGAGGCAAAAGUUGCAAUUCCUAUAAAAGAACAUCCUGGUUACAAUUUCAUUGGUUUAGUAUUUGGCCCAUUAAGUGAUACUCAAAAGCGACUGGAGAAGGAAACAGGAACCAAAAUUCAAGUUUAUGGCACAAAGUCAGAUACAGGAGGGCAGGUUGAAAUUACUCCUGAUGGUAAAGAAAUUGACAAUGCUUAUGAAGAUAUGUAUGUAAAUAUAGCAGCGGACACAUAUGAGAAAGUUGAUGCUGCGGUGGCUUUGAUUGAACUGCUAAUCACCUCAGUUUUGAUGAAUCCAGUGUCUUCUUCAACUACAUCGACUGUAGCUCCUGAUGAUAAUGUGAACACUAAUCGGAGUCAGAGCACGCCCAGCUCUACUAUGGCACCUGCACUGACAAACCAAGAAACACCUCAGCCGUUUCCUGGGUCAUUACCACUUCCUCAAGGCCAGUUUCCACAAUAUCCUCAAACCUGGUUUCCUGUAGGUCCAACUCAAAAUCCAACAUAUCGGCAGUCUGGAUUUGUCAACCCUUCAAAUGCUUCUGCAGCAUUUCUCAAUAACACUGGCCAAGUAUCUUCAUCGCCCUUACAUCACACAAACAUGCCCUCAUUGUUUGGUCCACGACCAGUCAUACCUGCAAGUUUUAGCCCGGUCCCGCAAAAUCCUUCAGCCGGAUCUGGACCUCAGCCAUCAUACAUGCAACAGCCACCCCCACACGCCCAAACUGGUGGACCUCAGCAACCAUACAUGCAUAAGGCCCCCCUGUCAACCGGGUGGCCUGGCCCCCCCCACAACCUUCCUCUAACAUCCAAGCCACCUUUCUCUGCUAGUGAAUCCGCCAGAUGGUUACCUUCUCCAGUGAGCACUUCAGCAUCUCAAGGUCCAGCCAACAUUAUGCAAGGACCACCGGUGAAUCACCCCAAUGAUAUGAUUUCACCUCUAUCCGCUGGAGCCCAAUCUUCUGGGCCAGUAGCUAACCAACAAUCACGAGGCUUCUCUCCCAUGCUGCCAUCCGCAGCACCGGAAUCCACACCUUCAUCAAUGGGACCUCUACAGCCUGCUAUACCCCACAUGGGAAUGCACCCACCACCCUCAAAUGCUGUACCGGGAUCUGCACCUAUGCCUUUUCCGAUGCAAUCUUCAGGAUCACUUCCCCAGCCUGGAAUGCACAAUUCUUUUCCGGGUAAUGCUCCAAAUUUUGAUUCCAUAAGACCUGUUCCUGGGGCAAUUCCACGACCUCAACAACCGAGUUCUGGUGAUUUUACUUUUCAGCCUCACCGCCCGCCCAAUGCAGCUUCUCAGGUUUGGCUAACCAAUCAAGCUGCACCACAGAAUAUAAGACAUCCUGUUCAAUCAGGCCAGGCAUCUUUACCACCUCACUCUCCACAUAUGAGGCCUAUGAUGCACAACAUGAAUCCUUCUCCCAUGCACGGUUUCCCAAGGCCUCCGGCUAGUCAUCAGAUGAAUCAACCUAGGCCACAGAUUCCUACCAACUUUGCUGGAAACUCGACAAGUUCCCUUCCACCUAGACAUCAGAUGAUGCCAGGGCAUAAUGCCGGAGUCCCAAAUAUGCCACUGAGGAACUUUGCUCCACAUCCUAUCAAUAACUCUCUGGGUCCUUUUCCACCUAGGCCGGGGAGUCAGAUGCAUGGGCAGGAAAAUCAUCUUGCUCGUCCGCCAAGGUUCCCAACUCCACAUCAGCAUUUCGGUAACCACCCCGGAAGACCAUUUCCUGGCCAUCAAGUAUACGAUCCAUUUGCUCCGACUGGUGCUCCUUUCAACUCUCAAAUGGGUGGCAAUGCAGCAAGGAUGCCCAGUGAGAGUGAUCCAGAGUAUGAGGACCUCAUGGCUUCUGUAGGAGUUAAAUGAACUAUAUAUACAGAGAUUAGUAACUGCUAUAUUUUGAGAAUUGUUUGUCUACAAAUCUUUUGAGAUUCUUUUGUACCGUCCUUGGAUAUAGAGAGAAAAUCAUUAGGUUUUUGUAAUUGCAGGUUCUGUAUUGUUGAAAAUUUAUCACAAGCUUCAUAUAAAAAGAAAAGAGUAUACAACAUUUAUGCUCUUGCCCUUUUUUUCUAA